UUAAAAUUGAACCUUAAAUCAAUGAAAUACUCAAGACAAUCAGGAGCUUUAUUGGCAAAACUCUUCAGAUCCCCUCUAGCCAACCUGCGACUAGCAAGGAGGGUCAAUCGUACUGGACCUAUCUUCAGGAAGAAGGGUCCAAAGAUCCCUGAGCUUACUUUUGGGAAGGAUGGCAAAAUGCUGCUAGUGGGUCAUAACUCAGCUGGGUUUUACUACAAAGUCAACUUUGCAUUCCUGUUAGGUUGGUACUUAGUGUCGUAUUUUCAGAAAUAAGUCGAAUCCAACAUACAUAUUCUCCAACAAGCAUGCCACGAACGCUUAUGUUUACUUGAUCGGAGCAGGGCUAAUAGCCACGAUGCUGAUGUCAAAUAGGCAUUUACGAUAUCUGUACUUGCACAAGAACGGGACACAAUGCACAGUGGUGAUGCACAAGUUUUUCUCUCUUUGGUACUCUGAAGCAGUCGUCGAGAUCUCUACCUUCAAAGGUGUAAGACAUAUGUUCAAACCUUCAAUGGGAGUCUACAGGCUGAACUACAAGAUUGAUGGCUGGUUCAGGACAAGGGAGACAUACCUCAUCUUCAGACCCGAGUUCGUCCAUGACAGGGAUAUUUGGAAACUUGUGAGAACAGGAAAUCAUAUUUAUACUCCAGAGUACGCAGAGAAGAAUAGGCUCUAAUUUAGAUUGGGAAAUUUAGCUUCAACUAUUAUA